AUGGAAUCCGGCUGUUGCCAGCUCUGCUCAAAAUUUGGCUGUCCAGAUGACCACUCUGGAACAUCAGAAGUCGGAGAGAAUAUGUAUUGGUCAUGGUCCUCUCAAGCCCCACCUGCCAAUCUCGACAGCUUUGGAGUCUCAGCCUCGAAUUCAUGGGAGAAGGAGUUCCAAGACUACGGAUGGACCUCAAUUGUUUUGGAUAUGGCCACUUUUAACACUGGAAUCGGACACGCUGCACAGAUGGCUUGGCCUAACACCAAUUUGAUCGGAUGUGGUGUAAAGUAUUGCGGAAAGGGUUCGAAUGGCUGGCACAGAGUUACUGUGGUUUGCCAGUACAAAUCUCAAGGAAAUAUCAUCAAUACUAAUAUCUACCAAAAAGGAAAUUCCUGCUCUGCAUGUGCUUCCGGAUCCACAUGCGAGACUUCUACCGGAUUGUGCGUCUAA